CAGCUAUCAUACCACCACCACUACCCUGCUAAACACCAGUCAAUACAAACAAUUGGCAAAGACGAAAUGUCCUCCCGUCUCACACUCUCCUUCCUCCCUCGCCUCUCCCUCCUCCGCCCUCCUCCUCUGGCGAGGACAGCCAAAAGAUGCUUCACCGCAGCCCCCCACCUCCAAAACGAUAUCCCUCCCCCUUCCAACCCCCCCUCUACCACCCCCGCCCCCAAAGACCUGACCCAAAAACUCACCGCCUCCCUCUCAAACCUCGCCCCAGCCAGCCUACCAGAAGACUACAUAUCCGACCAAGACCUGCAAAAACUACAAUCCCGCUUCCUCCCGGGCGAUAUAUAUGCCCCGCACGACCUCUCGCAUGCGCAGCAACGCUCGCGGCGCACCCGGCGCAGCCCACGCUUCGACGUGUGUGAUUUGGUGGGGAUUAAUCCGGUUAAGGAGUAUAAGAAUUUUUGUAUGUUGAGUGAAUACGUCACUGAGAUGGGGAGGAUUAAGCAUUCCAGUGAGACAGGCCUGAGGCCUGUUAACCAACGGAGGAUGGCGAAGGCUAUUCGUCGCGCUAUCGCGCUAGGGUUCAUGCCCGCUACGCAUAAGCACCCCGAAUAUUUGAUGCAUAUGCGGGAGAGUAGGGAGGGGAGGGGAGGAGGUCAAAGGGGAGGGUAUUAG